UUCUCUAUCUAUCUAUAAACGUUACAAAUUAACUUUAUAAACUCCAUUUUUUUUUUGAAAGAGCUAGAAUUUUUUUUUUCCACCUAAGAAAUAAUUUUUGUUAGUAGAAAUUUUUUAUGUUUUUUAUGAUCAAGUAGUGUUGAUCAUUUGUUAGAGAUGGAUGAAAAUAUCAUUUCGAAGGCGACGGCGAAGAAGAAGAAAGGAUCAAUAUGGAGCAUCUUCAUGCAUGCGGACGGUGUCGAUUUAAUUUUGAUGUUGUUUGGUUUCAUCGGAGCCGUUGGUGAUGGUUGUACAAUACCGUUGACAUUGUUUAUCACUAGUAAGUUGAUGAAUAAUAUUGGAGGGAGUUCCAAUUUCAAUAGCUCUGAUUCUUUUACCAGCCAUAUUAAACAGAAUGUAACAGUAUUAUUGAUGAUUGGAGCAGGAGCGUGGAUACUUUGUUUCCUUGAGGGAUAUUGUUGGACUAGGACAGCAGAAAGGCAAGCUGCAAGAAUGAGAUAUAGAUACUUAAAAGCAGUGUUGAGGCAAGAUGUGAGCUACUUUGAUUUGCAUGUUGGAAGUACCUCCGAAGUUAUUGUUAGUGUUUCUAGUGAUAGCCUUACCAUUCAAGACGUAAUAAGUGAAAAGGUACCGAAUUUUGUGAUGAACACGUCCACUUUCUUUGGAAGCUAUUUGGUGGCAUUCCUAUUGCUUUGGAAGCUAGCAAUAGCGGGUUUGCCAUUCAUAGUUCUGCUCAUUAUACCGGGCUUGCUGUAUGGAAGGAUAUUGAUGGGGCUAGCGAGGAAGCUAACACUUGAGUACAACAAGGCAGGAAGUGUAGUAGAGCAAGCAAUAUCGUCUUUAAGAACAGUCUAUGCCUUUGUAGGAGAGAACAAAACAAUGGAUAAGUUCUCAACUGCUUUGGAAGGGUCAGUGAAGUUAGGGCUCAAGCAAGGUUUGGCUAAGGGUGUCGCGAUUGGUAGCAAUGGUCUGAGCUUUGCUGUUUGGGCUUUCAGUACUUGGUAUGGUAGUAAGCUUGUCAUGUAUCAUGGUGCUAAAGGUGGUACCGUCUUUGCCGUUGGUGCUGCCCUCUCUAUUGGAGGACUGUCUCUUGGUUCUGGUUUAUCAAACGUCAAGUACUUUUCAGAAGCUGCUUCAGCUGGAGAGAAAAUAAUGGAAGUAAUUAAGAGGGUACCGGAAAUUGAUUCAGAAAACAUGGAAGGACUUACCUUGGACAAUAUUUCAGGGGAGGUCGAGUUUAAGCAUGUCAACUUCUUUUACCCUUCAAGACCAGAUUCAAUAAUAUUCCGCGACUUUUCACUGCAAGUUCCUGCAGGGAAGACAGUCGCGUUAGUUGGGGGAAGUGGUUCGGGCAAAUCCACUGUAGUAGCUUUGCUUCAGAGGUUCUAUAACCCACUUGACGGGCAGAUACUUUUAGACGGGGUGUCUAUUGAUAAGCUUCAACUUAAGUGGUUAAGAUCACAAAUGGGGUUAGUUAGCCAGGAACCUGCACUAUUCGCGACUACAAUUAAGGAGAACAUACUUUUUGGCAAGGAAGAUGCUACUAUGGAUGAGGUUAUUGAAGCUGCAAAAGCGUCUAAUGCUUACAAUUUCAUUAGCCAAUUGCCUCUUGGUUUUGAUACUCAGGUUGGAGAAAGGGGAGUCCAAAUGUCAGGAGGACAAAAGCAGAGGAUUGCAAUAGCAAGAGCUACAAUCAAGAAACCUCGUGUUCUUCUUCUAGAUGAAGCAACAAGCGCGUUAGAUUCAGAGUCUGAACGAGUUGUCCAAGAAGCCCUUGACAAGGCAGCUGUAGGACGGACUACAAUAGUGAUUGCUCAUAGACUCUCGACAAUUCGAAAUGCUGAUACUAUUGCUGUCAUUCAGAAUGGUCAGGUGAUGGAGAGUGGUUCCCAUGAUGUGUUGAUUCAACACGAUGAUGGGUUGUACACUUCAUUAGUCCGCUUACAACAGAUGGAAAAGUCUAAAGACGAGAGAGGUCUGGCUCACCCUUCAACAUCAAACUCGUCGAUUUUGAAUAAUAUGGAAUUGAAGUACAACACGAGUAGUCGUAGAAGCUCAUUGGUGAGUCGGUCAAGCUCAGCUAGUUCAUUUCGGUCAGUUCAUGAUGAUGUUGUACAUGAACCCAUGGGUGAAGAGAAGGUGCCUCUUCCAUCAUUUAGAAGAUUAUUGGCCUUGAACUUACCCGAGUGGAAGCAAGCCAGUUUGGGUUGUACUGGUGCCAUGCUCUUUGGCGCGGUCCAACCAGUUUAUGCAUUCGCUAUGGGUUCCACAAUAUCUGUGUACUUCUUGCCAGAUAACGAAGAGAUUAAGAGGAAGACUACAAUUUACGCGUCAUGUUUUCUAGGGCUGGCCGUGUUCUCAUUUAUAGUGAAUAUUGUUCAGCAUUACAAUUUUGCUUACAUGGGAGAGUUCUUGACUAAGAGGGUAAGAGAAAGGAUGCUGUCCAAGAUGCUCACUUUCGAGGUUGGGUGGUUCGAUCGAGAUGAAAAUAGUACUGGUACCAUUUGCUCUAGGCUUGCCAAGGAUGCCAAUGUGGUGAGGUCGUUGGUUGGAGAUCGAAUUGCACUUGUAGUCCAAACCAUCUCAGCAGUUGUAAUUGCAUUUACAAUGGGCUUAAUCAUUGCUUGGAGGCUAGCUAUAGUUAUGAUUGCAAUCCAACCCUUAAUUAUAGCCAGUUUCUACACGAGACGGGUUUUACUUAAGAGCAUGUCUAAGAAGGCAAUCAAGGCACAAAAUGAGAGUAGCAAGUUGGCUGCAGAAGCUGUAUCAAAUCUCCGUACUGUCACGUCUUUCUCAUCCCAGGCUCGAAUCCUAGCGUUACUCGAAAAGGCUCAGGAAGGCCCUCGAAAGGAAAGUAUUCGACAAUCAUGGUACGCAGGCAUUGGACUAGGAACCUCUCAGGGACUUAAUAUUUGUACUUGGGCCUUGGACUUUUGGUAUGGUGGUAGGCUAAUUAGUCAAGGAUACAUCACUGCCAAGGAAUUAUUUGAGACUUUUAUGAUACUAGUUAGCACGGGCCGUGUCAUUGCUGAUGCUGGGAGCAUGACUACGGACCUUGCUAAGGGAGCUGAUGCUGUCGCGUCUGUUUUUGCUGUCCUGGACCGUAAAACCCAAAUUGAUCCGGACAAUGCCGAAGGGUACAUACCUGAGAAAAUAAAUGGUCACAUAGAAGUCAUAAAUGUGGACUUUUCGUACCCUACUAGGCCCGAUGUAGUGAUCUUCAAGGGGUUCUCAAUCAACAUUGAGGCAGGGAAAUCGACGGCUCUAGUAGGCCAUAGUGGGUCAGGUAAGUCGACAAUUAUUGGAUUGAUCGAAAGGUUCUAUGAUCCUCUCAAGGGUUGUGUGAAAAUUGAUGGACGUGAUAUUCGAACAUACAAUCUUAGGUCCUUAAGAAAGCAUAUAGCUCUAGUGAGCCAAGAGCCUACAUUAUUUGCCGGUACCAUACGUGAAAAUAUAAUCUAUGGAGCCAGUGAUAACGUCGAUGAAUCAGAAAUCAUCGAGGCAGCAAAGGCAGCCAAUGCUCAUGAUUUCUUGUCCGGACUAAAAGACGGAUAUGAUACGUGGUGUGGGGAUAGAGGGGUUCAAUUGUCGGGAGGACAAAAGCAAAGAAUAGCUAUAGCACGAGCUAUUCUAAGAAACCCGGCAGUACUACUACUAGAUGAGGCAACAAGUGCACUCGACAGCCAGUCUGAAAAGAUCGUACAAGAUGCACUCGAACGAGUAAUGGUUGGUAGGACGAGUGUUGUAGUGGCUCAUAGGUUGAGCACCAUACAAAAUUGUGACUUCAUUGCCGUGUUAGAUAAAGGCAAAGUUGUAGAGAAAGGUACACAUUCCUCUCUUUUGGCCAAGGGACCUAAAGGAGCUUAUCAUUGUUUGGUAAAUCUUCAAAGAACACCACAUGAUUCAAGUAAUGAAAAUUAGAAAUUAUUUUUGUUGCAUACCUUGAAAAAAAAGAUUGUGACAUAUAUUUAUGGAACGUCUUGUAUACUAAGAACUUGUAUUGAAUGAAAUGAUCUUUUCAUAUUCAGUUAUAUGAUGAAUAUCAUCUGUCUAAAUACAUUGCCAAGUUACAAUUUAUA